GAUGACGUGUCUAGAGUUCACUACGUGGAUGUUGUGUAUAUGACACGUCGCUUUAUGCUGUCCUCUGUAUUGCCAGUCUGCCAAUAAACUAAUAGGUAGAAAGAGGUUGGUUUCACACGACACAAUAAUACUCGGCAACUUUGUUCCAGCAUUCUUUUAAUGUUCACAAUAAGAUAACAACAGGCAUUUUAAUAAAAACGAAUUUAGAUCUUAGUUCAUCGCGAGUUUGCAAUAUUGUAAGUUAUAAAACAAACUUUUCGAAUUCAAGUAUUUAUUCACGAACAGACGCCAGAAAGAUAUAACAAACGAUGCCUGUCGCACCCAGUUGCACUUCAAUUGGAGCUAUGGGCCGAUCGCCCAGUAAAGCUAUAACACCUAGAACAGGUGGUGGUGGUACAGUUAGACAAAGGAAAACUGCGACAACUACUUCCACUAGGAGUAGAAACACGGGAGCUGGUUCCGAUGGCAUGUGGAGGUUUUAUACCGAUGAUUCUCCUGGCAUCAAAGUAGGGCCAGUACCUGUGCUUGUCAUGUCUCUCCUUUUUAUUGCAUCUGUUUUCAUGCUACACAUCUGGGGCAAAUAUACUAGGUCUUAAGAUUGAAAAUAAGUACUAUUAAUUUAAGAAGAAACUGAAGCAAUUGGAAUGAGCUGUGCAGUGCAGUUGAAAUGAAUUAAGAAAGCUCAAGGAUACUUUCCAAACAAAACAUCAGUACAAUUCAAGAAUACUUUGCUACAUUUUUUAUAUUGUUUUCUCAUUAAUUUAAAAGAAUCAAAGCACUGCGAGUUAAAAAUUACAUUUGUAAUGGAUCUCUAUUUUUUUUUAUCGCGAAGCAAGACCAAAAUUCAACGCGCAAUCAUGAAAUAUCAUUAUUAUUGUAAUCAUUUAUUUUCAUUAAACUGAAUUUUAUAAUGUUUAUAAGAAGAUACCUGGGAACUAACUGUAUGCACGCACUAUGCGUGAUUGAGAUAAGACACAUGUUAUCGUUUGUAAAGUUAUUAUUAUAAUAAUAUAAUGUACGAUAUCAAAAUAAAUUAUUCUUAAUUCGACUUAAAAAAAGAAAAAAAAAAAAAAAGAAACGAUCUACUAAUUCUUUUUAUCUUCAUCCAUUUUUGUAUGAUUAUAAAGAUAUUCAAGCUCAAUACGAAAUGAAUAUUUCAAAAGACAACUGAAGGCUGCGCAUUAUCUUUAUCAGUACAAUAGAAAUGAAAAGUGCAAUGCGCCAUGUUCCAUUUAACUGGAAACUCAUUCGCGCUCGCGUGUACGUAUUGAUUCCAUGCUGAAUAGGCGCGGAUUACAGUACUCUGAGAAAAAGAAGCAAUCGCAAUAAAAUAACUGUGCGAAAAACAGAGAAACAAUCACCAAGGCAUGAUUUUAUCGAAAAUCGAACAAAAGACAUCCAUCGUGAAAACAUUGUCUAUCCUAUUAAAAGUGUUACUACAUAUGUGUUACUAUAUGUUCCCAUAUGCAAUAUAUAAACAUAUAUCU